AAAUACAAUCGUUUGAACUGUCCGUUUAAAAACCGUUACUCAGUACUUUUAAACCCUUUCGAGGAUUAAUAGAGCAAAAGUCAGAACUUCAGAAGCUUUUUAAAAAAUAUCGUACAAUUAUCGAGCUAAUGUGUUACAUCCUGCCCCAGAAACAAGUUCGAAGACCUAAAAUAUGAACGGCAUCUCGCAACAUUUCAACAUAAGUCCAACUGUAAGACAAGCUGAACCUCAGAUGGAGACAAAAUGCCAAUUGGUUUUGGCUCCAUUCUCUCCAAUACCUAAACUGGACUUCAAUUCAAUCAAGAUCGGAUCGACAGUAAGAAGGACGGUUUUCAUAAAGAACCCUACUAAAAAUGGCAUACAGGUUUCCUUGGUGCCGCCAAAAGACUUUGAAUUACGAGGCUACCUCAUUGACACGCCGAUAUUACUUGUGCCAAUAGGGGGUGAAAUACCUGUAACAAUUUCUUGGACGCCAAUAUGCGCUGGAGAUUGGCAUGACCUUGUCAAUGUCAAGCAGUUCGAAGGCACAAAACAGUUUGGCCAUAUUGUGAUCACAUCCAAGGCAAUAUCUGUUAAACAGAAAAUUCCAUUAAGAGGGAGUCGACUGAGACCUUCUACAUAUAAACCAGCCACAGUUCCCAGUAAGAGUUUUACUGAAGAGAUUAAAAGGGAAAUUAGGAGAGAGACCUACAAUCUGGAUCAAUCUAAAGUAACUUGUGCUUGGAAUGGUUCUCCUACACAACAUAUGCCAAUAGAAAUCCCAGAACUUUCCAAGUCAGUUAACUGCAAGACAUUUUCAGUAUCUAACGCUGUUUCCCUUGUUAUUACGGAUAAUGAUGUCAGUUCAUCAAAGACCCAUUCACAAUCUCCAAAAGAAAAGUUGACAAAUCUCAGAUUAAAAUGCGAUAGCAAUUCAUUUUCCUUGUCUUUUACAAAAACGAAUGAGACCACAGAUGAAGUAUGGAAUGUGAAAAGUAGUGUAAACUUGACCGAUGAAAUUGAAAAUCUCAACUUGAGCACUAUUUGUACAAAAUUGCCCCAUUCUUUAACAACUCAUGAGGUUAAUGAAGAAACAAGAUAUCUUAAGAACAUUGAGAAUAUAAUUCAUCAUACAAAAAAACAAAAUUUAAUCAAUGAAAUUUAUUCUGAAAGGAGUGAGGGUAGUGAAAAUGUGCAUAAUUAUGAAUCAUCUUCAAUAAAAAUAGAUAAACAGACUAUAAAAAGUAGAACAAACUUAACAGAUGAAAUCGUAGACCUCCAUUUGAGCUCUGUCUGUAUCAACCAUUCUUUCAUGAAAGAGGAUGUGAAAACAAACCUGGAAGUGGAUGAAGAAACCAAGUUGUUAAAGAAUUGUAUUCAUUGCACAGAUGAAAUUCCUCCAAAACCUGAAUUGCACCCUGCAGAGAAUGAAAGGUUUGAAAAUGUACUUCCUUUCCAUUCAACUCCGGUGAGAAUGGAUAAGCCAAUGGUAGCAAUGUUCAUAAGCCCCCCUCAAAGUGGCAAACCACAAGAGUUUGUUAAGCCUUCCUUAGUAAAACAAAACACAUUUAAAUUUAAAAGGUCUCCAUCUACUAAAUUCAAACUGAAGUCGCAGCUGACAAAAUCUUUAAGGGCAGAGUUUCUUAACCUCACGGAUGAAGAAUUUAAAGCAAGUCAAAAGGAAAUUUUUCAGCUUCCUUCAUAUAAUUUAGACAAAUAUGGGUUAACAACAUUUAAAAACCCUUUUGCCAGAAAUGCCCUCCACCCAGAAAAGUGGCUUGAUAAACAAGCCCUUGAGCUUAUUAAAUGGCUCAAUUCAAUUCUUACACCACCUGAAGAAUUUGGAAAUGAAGAAAUGACUGUUGAUUUGGCACAGUUGUGGAAGAAGGCUGUAGCUUCAGAUGUAGUGCAACUAGCUCCUAGCAAAGAGUCAGUGUCGACUCAUUAUUGUAAAAAUAAGAUCCAUUUUCUGUCUCUUCAAAAGGCUGCUGUAAAAUUAUUUAGGUCAGAGCAAAUUUGCUCUGUCCUUUACAAAAUUAACUCAAAUGUCCAAAAUGGCUAUCUCUCUGUCAAGGAUGACUUGGAUCUCUAUUGUGACCAAGGUGCAAGGUAUAAGUUGGUAGAGCUUAUUAUGUACUACAAUCCACUGUGGCUAAGACUUGGACUUGAGGCCAUAUGUGGUCGGCCUGUUGAAACAGUUUCUAAUAACAGCUUGAUUGGAAGUCUAAUAUUUUUCUUAAAAAACUAUUUUCUUUCUGAUAAAGACAUUAUAGAAAAAAAUGCAUAUUCAAAGAAGAGCAAUUACAAAAUGUUAGCUUUUAAGAAAGAAAUGAAUAACUUCAUUGUGUUCAAAUUUCUGGCACUUGUGUUUUUCUUAGAUCAGGCAAAAACGAAACGAAUGAUCCCUUAUGAUCCUUGCCUGUUUCGUAAGACAGCAACAGUCAAGGACAGUGAGAGUAUGUUAAAUGAGUUUAUCAAGGAGUUUAUAAAAUGUGUUGGGCAUAUGAAAAAAAAACUGAAGCAUUUAGGUUAUGUUCUUGUCCAUAAGCAGACUUAUAUGGAUGAAUUUGACUUUGCAGUCAAAUCACAUGUUGACCUAAGAGAUGGUGUCUGUUUAACAAGGACAAUGGAAAUAAUUUUGAAAGACAACACUCUUUGUAAAAGACUGAGGACACCAGCAGUUUCAAGGCUUCAGAAAAUUCAUAAUGUAAAGGUGGCUUUAGAUGCACUGAUGAAAGAAGGAUUUGAAAUAGAUGAUGUCAGUGCUGUUGAUAUCGUUAAUGCGCAUAAAGAAAAAAUAAUGUCCCUUUUGUGGCAAAUACUCCACAAAUUCUUGGCUCCACGUUAUGAAUCAGCAGCUAAGAAUAUACAGUCCUGGUGGAGGAAGGUGAAUUUAAGGCAUAAAAUAAAUAAAAGGAUCACAGCCAGAAGACAACGAUAUAUAUUUGAUGCAGUUGUUCGUAUACAGUCAUGGUGGAGAGGGAUAUACACCAGAAUGAUGAUGAAUGAUAUAAGAGAAAGUUUAAUGAAACACAAACAAAUAAGAGCUGAGGCUGCAGUUCACAUUCAGUCAUGGUGGAGAGGGAUUCAUACCAGAAUGAUGAUGGAUGAUAUAAGAGAAAGUUUAAUAAAACACAAACAAAUAAGGGCUGAUGCUGCAGUUCACAUUCAAUCAUGGUGGAGAGGUUGUUUAACAAGAAAGAAUAUGGAUAGUAUAAGUCAAAAUUUAAUGAAAUACAAACAAAUAAGGGCUGAUGCUGCAAUUCACAUUCAAUCAUGGUGGAGAGGGAUUCUUACCAGAAUGUUGAUGGGCGAUAUAAGAGAAAGUUUAAUGAAACACAAGCAAAUAAGAGCUGAGGCUGCAGUUCACAUUCAGUCAUGGUGGAGAGGAAUUCAUACCAGAAUGAUGAUGGAUGAUAUAAGAGAAAGUUUAAUAGAACACAAACAGAUAAGGGCUGAUGCUGCUAUACAAAUUCAAUCAUGGCAGAGAGGUUGUUUAACAAGAAAGAAUAUGGAUAGUAUAAUACAAUGCAAGCAAAACAAAAUUAUACAAGUAGCUAUAAUUCAACACUGGUACAGAAAUAGAAUGUCUUUGAGGGAGGAAUUAGAACACGAUAUUGUUAGAAAACAGUACAAUGCUGCAUGUACUAUUCAGGCAUUCUGGAGGGGUUUUAAAUUAAGGAAAACGAACAGGUUUGUUCCUAAGGUUACCCGAAAUUGGUCAUGCCCAGAAGAAAAAGACGUGUUGCUAAAAGAUAGGUUCACAUCUAACAUUGAGUUAAUGCAAAGUACAACCUCAAUGAAUGUUCUUUGUAAGAUAAUGAAAAAUUUAGACUUUUUGAUUCAACAUGCCCCUGUUUUGUGCUACAGUUUAACAUCAGUGAAAGUGAUUCAUUACAAAUUUUAUACCAUUUUAAGCACUACAUGCAGAUCUCAAUCUUACCAGGACAUUUAUCAUCUGAUUCUGAACAUUCUUCUUAAUAUUUCUCUUUGCCCAAGAUCGGUAGAUUCUUUGUGGCAAAACAUGAGUGAACAUUCUGGGCAAAACAUUCUCCUGAACUUAAUAGGAAAGUUCUAUAAGAGUAACAUACCUCUCUUCUGCAAGGUCAUCACUUUGUUUUGGGUUCUUUGCCAGGAUAAGAAUAGAGCAGAGGAAUUACUUGCUACAACUGAAGCGAAGAAAACAAUAAAGUUUUAUUACAGUAAAAUUGCCAACAACCAAGGAAAGACUUGUGUCCUCCCGUCACUCAAGGCCGAUUGUGGCUACAGAAAAGACAAUAAUGUCUUCAAGAGUCCUCACAUGGCUUUGGUGGAGCUGGGAAAAACUUUAGCAAUAGAGUUGUAAUGGCAAUUAUUAAGUGGGAUAUGUGUAUGAUAUAUUAGUUAUUUUGUUUUUAUAAAUGUGUUGUGUAAAUAUGAUAAAGUUUUAAAUAUUGUUAUUUACGUAAUUUUUAAAUGGAUAACCUACCAUUUUAUAUAUGUACAUCCGUAAAAUAAACCUAUUAUUAAAUGACAACAUUUAUUAUUA